AUGAAUCUGGAUGACAAAGGAUCACUCAAACAGUUCAUCAUACAUGGUAGAACUCAUCUGUUUGUCAAACGAUUUGGAGAGUUGACUGCCGCCAUCGAGGCCCACUCAUCACUCUUUAAUCAUUCACCAUCAUCAAGCGAACCAGAUUUCGAUGAAGAACCAUUGAGACAACUGUUUACACUUGCUGCCGCAUUCAAGAAUCGACAGAUCGUCAAACUGAUCAUGGACUACAACGUGCACAACAACAACCCGCAUCUCAAUAUGUUGACCAACGAUACAAUUCAGAUUGCCAUCGAGAGCAAUGAUGUAGAGUUCUUCUCAUUUCUCAUGACCAACAGCAAUCGAGGAAGACCACAGGACGCCAAGCAUCACAUCUAUGUUAAAGUCAUGAGGUGGAAUUGGGUGAAUGACUACAAUAUGUUCAAGGUGAUGAUUAGCCAUGUGCAUCAGUUCCAUGUGAUGGAGAGGGGCAUUCCCAUGAACUUUGGCAACUAUGCAAGUGUCAUCAGAUCGAUUGGAACGCCAGAGACUGCACGUGAGUUCAUCACCUUGAUUGGUGUACUACGCGAUUGUUUAGACUGUGUCCAAGUACAAGGUAUACUCAACGACAUAUUGAAGCAAUACUUUAGUAUGGAGCUACUGCAACACAUCGCUCAGACCUUUCCAGUGUACAUGCACAAUGUUGAUUGGCUCUCUAGAUCAGUCUGCUCCACGCUAUCACACUACCUCGUCUAUCUUGAGUUCAGGAGUAACAGACCCAAAGGGGGUAUGGCUGAGACCUCUUCCGGCUUUGUAUCGGGGGCAAUCUGGAAUGGAGGACACUUGGAUCUCUUGCAACAUAUACACGCACACUUCAUUGACAAUGGAGAGACAUUCUCCAUAGACGUUUAUUCAAUUGAAAUGGCCAUGGUGGAUGGAUCUCCUUUGGAAGUUGUUCACUUCCUGUUGGAUCAUCACGACAUCAAGUUGCGGAUACCUAAACUGACGGAGAUUCAUCCAUCUCUGCAUUCAAUGGAGUUAUUCCAACGUCUUGUCACGCAUCCAAAGAUCAAGUUCUGCAACAAUACACUCAAGUGUCUCCUUGUCUCUGGCAACUUUGAGGUCUUCAAAUUCCUCGAGCGUCACAUCCAUGAGAAGAAACUAUUUGACAUUGAUUAUAUUUAUAUGCUCAAUACACUUGUCAAUUUCCAACCACUUACAUCAGAGGCUACCUCACUCUUCACUUCAAUCAUACACAAUCAUCCUGAAGUGUUCGUCCUUAAACCUAAUGGAUGUCACUAUAAUCUUCAAUUCCUACUCAACUCAGAUUCACGUGCCGCCAUCCUCAAUCUCCACCCCAAACCUCUCUUCACUCUUGAUGACCUCGGCACUUGCAUUAGAUCGUUGAAGCUAGUCCCAUCAACCAGUCUGCGUGUUGAGCUACUACAACAACUCUUGGACAGUGACAUCAUCGUACCCUGCUACCGCAGAUCAUACAGUGAUGACUUUCCAAUGGACGCUGCCAUUGGAAGUGAGCUAUUUGAGCUCCUCCCUGUACUCUCCCACAAAUAUCCCAACAUUCAACUAUCAAACUUGGUCAACGAUGAUUUAUACAUCAAGUUGACAUCACGUGAUGGCCUGGUCGAGUCAUUCAAGCUACUCAUCACCCACAAUGCCCUCCCUGGCACUUCCUUUCACAUCCGACCACAUGUUGCCAUUGGCGACUUGGACAUCAUUCAACUGCUCCGUAUCAAAGACAUCCCCUUUGACAUCCGAAAAACAUUCAACCAUGCUGCUGGACAUGGCUCACUGGAGAUAAUUAAGUACCUAUUUAAGGUCAACACGACUUUUGGCGAGGCAAUGAACCAGGCUGCCACAAAUGGACAUCUUCACAUUGUCGAAUACCUUAUUGACAAUCAAGAUGGACUAUGUAAACACGAGGCAUUCAUUGGAGCCUCCAGGAAUGGUCAUCUACAUGUCUUAAAGUAUAUGUUCUUAAAGUUCAAAGAAGAGCACCACCAGAUUUGGAUCACUCUGGAGUCGUGCAUCACAAUGAUCAAAUGUGCAAUGGAGGGUGGACACCUCUUUGUACUUCAAGUCAUCAUCGAGCAUAAUAUGAACAGAUGGGAACAUAUACAUAACAGGAUCGUUGACGAUACUAGUAUGGUCAACAUGAUCAUUAGACAUAACCGAGAUCCAAGAGUAUUGGACGUACUCAACUUGUCAACCUCCUUCAUUAACCGCUCACUCAAGUUAUCCAUCAUCCAAGGACAUCUCAAUCAAGUGUCAUACUUUGCCAACAGGAUAACAAAUAAAUGA